CAAAAUGGAAGUACUUCAGAUGCUGAGCCAGCUAGUUAGUGCAAGUAGUCUUUGGAAGUCUGCAGUUAAAAGGUAUUGACCAAUAUGUUGGGGAAAGUGAAAGGCAAUAUUGUUGUCAUUUACCUGACAAUAGGAAUCGCAUAUGUGCUAGUUAAUAUAAAUGCAUCUUCAACCUACAUUGGACCGAGUAGACAGAUGUGGCCUGUUGAAGCUCCACCUUACAUGUUUUAUAGACAGCAGCCCAAUGCUUUGAGAAAAUUCUAUUGGUACAAUGCCAGGACUCCAAUAUUAGUUGGAAAAAUGAGACUUAAAAACUUUAUGCGUAAUAUCCACAUGCUGCCAAGAUAUAUACAUUCUCCUACACCAUAUCAUGAUAUAUAUGGCACUUCCAAAAGAAGCGUCUUCAGAAAUUUAAACACCGUUCCAACAACACCCUCAACCACAACGGACUACAGUCUGGCCCUGGGACCUGUCAACCCCUUUGUACCUCUGACGGCGGCAACGUUGCCAAACCCUGAAUUUUUAAAAGGUGUCGAGAAUACGAGAAUCUUUUCAAACUAUUCAAAUGAAGGCUGGUCGUCCAUUUGCUCAGACCGUAUAUCAAAUACUGCUGCACGACUAUCAGAUGACUGUUUCAAGAAUACUUUAAAUCGCUACCCAAGGGAGGAAUAUGGAUUAAAUAGUGUGCCCAACGAAAUAGCGCAGACAACAACUACUCUUCCAUACAUGAACUAUAUUACGCACACCUACUUUACCCUUGAUGAUGUUAUUCUACCGCGUUCAGGGAACAGGUUCGCAGACAACUCGGCAAAAGAAACCAAUGAGUAUCGCCUGAGUCCAAUUAUAAUAACAACUGAAAUGCCACCGGCCACCACGACUGAAGUUUUUCAGACCACAACGAGGGCGACAACUACGACAGAAGCCCCGAUCCCGAUACAGACAACAACGACUUUCUUUAAUGCCGAGUAUAGCAGCAGUUGGAAGCCAAUAACUUCUACCGCUACAACUGAAUUCGCACAACUAUUCGAAAACUACAAAAAUUGGACAACAGCGCAAACAAUUAAAGAAAAGCCGUCUUUCCAGCCCAUUGUAACAACGGAAUCGUAUAACCCUAAACUUAUUCUAAAAACGGAUAAACCUAAACCCAUUCUAAAAAAGGAAAGAGCUCGAAAAAACAUGACUUCAAUAAUGCUGAGAAAGUUUAAAUCGCUAAAACUAAAUUUCAAAAAUAUUUUAACCACAAAAGAAACCCCGAAAUACCGAACAAAUAAGACCGAAAUAACCAGUAGUGAGAAUUACAAUAAAUUAAACGAAACUUCAACGUCAGUGAUUCCCGCGACUAUAAGGACCCAUCUAAAGCGAACAUUUAGAAAAGUCCGGGUUGUACCAUCAACAAAAAAAACACCAACUCCAGUUCCACGCAACACCACGGAAACGAGUACAUUGAAAACGAAGCAAAGGAAAACAAACAGGAUCUUUGAAAGACGCAAACACUUGAAUACCACGAUUGCAAGCGAGCCGUCGAAAAAUGUUAAGAGUGAAAGUGAAAGCAGUAAGUUUAAGCGCCGUUCAACAUCCCCAACAACUCGCAAGUCCAAGAUUAUGGAAACUACCGUACAUGCACCCACACCCGCACACAAACGCGCACGCAACACAACGAAAGUUACCAAGAGUAACGGACUUAGGUCACGUGCAGACGGAAUAAUAGAAGACAAAGCCUCGUUGGUCACAGAAUCAGCCAUUAUGACCAUAUCCAGCGGCAACAUCAAGCUAAAGCAGCCAAUAUUGAAGCUAAAGUCACACCAACACAGCGGAAAAAAUAUAAAUUUUAUAGAAAAUGAUAGUAUGAUUCCGUCCCUUCCAAUUGAAGUCUAUUUUAAAAAAGUUAACCAACAAUAAGAAAACAGCUGAUUAUACCAAAGCCUUAACUUAUACAUGUCAAUAUAUAAAAUUACAGAGAUAUUAUUUCGCACA